AUGACACUCGACUACCUCGCAUACCAGACCAUUCGAGCUUGCUUCGCCAGCCGCAAUCGCAGCAGCAACGACGACGACUCCCACCUCUCGCUCGGCCCCAAUAUCGCCAUGUCGGACACUUUCCUGUCGAUUUUCAAGGCGCGACACCCGACCUUUGAGCCUGACGCCGAGCUCCGCUUUCGUAUCUUGCUGUUGCAAAUGACCACCCUCUUCACGCAACGCCUUACAUCCAACCCUGCGACUCCGCCACUAUCUGCGCUGCUGGAGCUGCGCGAGACAAACAAGAGACGUGCCACUGCAUGGAUUAAGAGCUCGGGGGAUGCAAACUUGUUGGCUCUCCGCACAAGCACAUUGCCUUCGGAGCAAAUCAUCUCCCAGCAAGAGCUCGAACGUAACCGCGCACACGUGUUGCACCUGCUAGAGCUCCCCGCGGAAGACGAGGACUCCGACGCGGCCUUCUAUGGUACACCAACGUGCGUCUCUCUUCUCGACCUGCUCCCUUUGUUCAUGCAAAUCUCCGCUGCGCGUAAUGCGAUGAGCGGCAGCAACUUGACCGACCGCUGGAUGCGGUUGGCUGGCGAGUUCAUGCUACAGGCUUGUCUGGAGCAGAGCUUGGUAUACGGAGGGAUGGCGCUUGAGCGAGCAAUGGCGGAAGCUUUUGCGUGGGGCUACCUGGGCGACCUUGAGGAUGUGGACAUGGACGGCGCUGGACAGAAUGAUGACACGAAAGACCCCAUCAACAUCGAGGUGAAUGCGAUGUUCGAGGACGAAGAGUACACCGCCGAAGUGGAGGGAUGGAAAGAGUUGCGCGCAUCUUCCAUGGAAGAACUACAACCGCCGCUCGACCAUACCCCAAACAGCGGCCAGGACGAGCGUCCAUCUCCAGCAACGCAUCUCGAGACAAUCGCCAACAACCACUCCAUUGCAGAAUUUGAGUCAUCCAUGCUCGAAUUCCUGCAAGCCAUCUCAAACAGUAUUCCAGAGCCGGUGCUCGUGCAGGUGGAAAAGGGACAACUAAGCGGCAUGACGAAACAGGAAACAAGCGACUUCCUGAUGGAGUGCGGGAUCAGCCUCGCGACUUUCUUCCGUGCGCCGGUCGGGUUCAAGGGUCCGCCAGAUUGA